AUGUCAAGUAUAUCUGCUGCUGAUAGUGCUAAAGCCCUAGAGUAUAAAGAUCAAGGUAAUGAUUUUGUCAAGAAACAAGAUUUUAUCAAAGCAGCAGAGCUUUACACUAAAGCUAUUGAACUAGAUGAUACUAAAUCAAUCUUUUUCUCGAAUAGAGCUUUAGCACAUUUGAAGCAAGAUAAUUUUCAACUCUCUCUAAAUGAUUGUGACAAGGCACUAGAAUUAGACUCUAAAAACAUCAAGGCAUAUCACAGACGUGGUUUAUCCUACGUUGGUCUUUUAGAGUUCAAAAAAGCUAGAACUGAUUUGAAAACGGUUCUCAAGUCUAAACCUGGUGAUGUUGCAGCUGAUAGAGCAUUGCAAAUUUGUGAGAAAUUUAUUAGAGAGGAAAGGUUCAAGAAAGCCAUUGGUGGUGAUGAUUCCUACAGUACUAUAAAUUACUGUCAGAGUUUGAGUUUGGACACCUACGAUGCUAGUUCAGAUUUGUCUAAAUAUGAUGGCCCUAAGUUGGAAUUGGAACAGUUGAAAAAUGAUAAAGGUGAACCCGCCGGUGCCAUUGUUAAAGAUAUUAGUCCUGAAUUUAUUUCUGCAAUGGUUAACGAUGUUUUCAAAAAGGGUAAAACUAUCCCCAAGAAAUAUGCAGCAGCCAUCGUCUCUCACGCUGAUAGAUUAUUCCGUGAAGAACCCACCAUUUUGGAAUUAUCUAAUGUUAAAUCUCCUGCCAGUACCAUUUCUGUUUGUGGUGAUACUCAUGGUCAAUUUUAUGACGUUUUGAACAUUUUCCGCAAAUAUGGUAAAGUUAAUGAAAGGCAUACUUAUUUGUUUAAUGGUGAUUUCGUCGAUCGUGGCUCCUGGUCCUGUGAAGUGGCACUAUUAUUCUACUGUCUCAAGAUUUUGUAUCCAAAGAACAUUUAUUUGAAUAGGGGUAAUCAUGAGAGUAACAAUAUGAAUAAAAUUUACGGAUUCGAAGAUGAGUGCAAGUAUAAAUAUUCUCAAAGGUUAUUUGACAUGUUUUCACAAAGUUUUGAAAGUUUACCACUAGGCGCAGUGAUUAAUGAUGAUUAUUUGGUUAUGCAUGGUGGGUUACCAAGUGAUGAAAAUUGUACUUUAGAGGACUUGAAAAAGAUUAAUAGAUUCUCACAACCACCAAAGGAAGGUGCAUUUAUGGAAUUGUUGUGGUCAGAUCCAUUUGAAGGUAAGGGCUUUGGUCCAUCUCAACGUGGGUUGGGAUCUGCCUUUGGUUAUGAUAUUACUGAGAAUUUCUUGCGUAAAAACCAACUACGCAAGGUGUUUAGAUCUCAUGAAGUGAGAAUGGGUGGUGUUAAAUUCGAACAUAAUGGUAAAUUGGUCACCGUUUUCAGUGCUCCUAACUACUGUGAUAGCCAAAACAAUAAGGGUGCUAUUAUUCACGUUGUACCAGGUAGAGGUAAGUUGAAUCAAAAUGAAAAUGAUGAUGAAGAUUUACUGGUGGAAACUUUUGAAGCAGUGGAACAUCCUCCAAUAAAGCCCAUGGCAUACUCCCAAGGUGGGUUAGGCUUUUAA